AUGUAUGUUAAGUAUGGCAAGGAGUGUGGGUUUUCAGUCAGGAAAGGGACGACAAAGACAAACUCUAAAGGUAUCUUACAUAUUAAGUAUUUCUUGUGUACGAGAGUUGGGGUAUAUAAGGACAAGAAGGUUGAUACGUUGGACCCCAAUCAAAAGGAGCGAGUAGUGCGAUCUAACUUUUCAAAGAGGACUGAUUGUGGUGCACUGUUAUGUGUAGAAUUUGAGAAUGGAUUUUGGAAGGUGUAUAAGUUUGUCGAGGAGCACAAUCAUGAACUUGUUGAACGUCCUGAUAAGCAUUUUCUUCCAACUGAACGACACCUCACUCAGCUCCAGAAGCAUGUUAUACACAGCAUGUCUAAGCUGAAUUUGGGUCCUGUCAAGGCGUUUAAUGUUAUGAAGACUUGUUUUGGCGGUUUUAAAGACGUGGGCACAAGCAAAGUUGAAUUUAAGAACUAUAAGAGAUACUCUAUGGUGUUUGUACCGUUCACUGGUAUAGACAAUCAUAACUGCAAUGUUACAUUUGGUGCAGCAUUGUUGAUGUCGGAAACUGUUGAUACGUAUAUUUGGUUGUUAAGAGUUUUUCUAAAAGUUGUUGGUUCUCAACCAAAAGUGGUUGUCACUGACCAAGAUCCAGCGAUAAAGAAGGCUAUUUCUGUUGUUGGUGUUAGGCUAUGCAAUUCCACCAAUUUUAAAGAACGUAUAUGUGGUGUUGUGUGGACGGAUAUUCUCACACCUGAAGAGUUUGAAUUGGAAUGGGAUGCGGUUAUUGCAGAAUUCAAUUUAGAAGAUAAUGAUUGGCUAUCUAAUAUUUUUGCACUUAGGGAAUCUUGGAUCCCUCCAUACUAUAGAAUGGAGCAUAUGUCUGGUCUUAUGCGAACGACAUCCAGGUCGGAGAGUGUGAAUCAUUUUUUUGGUCAAGUGUGUAAUUCGAAAGCUACUCUUGUUGAGUUCAUGACGCAUUAUGAGACUGCAACAGGAGCACAGCGUCACACACAUCCUGAGCUUAUUGGAGUUGCGGAUUGCAUAAAUCAACGUUACGAAGAUCAGCCUGAUGGGUUUGUUAAGUUUUACGUAAAUGACUUCCAACAGCUUUGUACAUCCUUAUUUGAGGUAAAUAAUGGCGUUUUGGUUUUGUGGCGUUUUCUGUUAAUGCCGUUUUAUCAUAUGCAAUGUGUUCUUUUCUUUUUAAGACAAACAUUCUACGCAUGGCGUUAUAGAGAUAUUGUUUUUGGCGUUUUCAGGGAAUUUCCAAAACAAUACAUUCUGAAUAGAUGGCGCAAAGAGGCCUCCCCAAACUGCUCUCCUGAAUUCUCAAUUAGUCAUGAAUAUAUGACCGAGCUAGAUCCUGAUGUGCAAAGUAUGAUGCGAGAUAUUAUUUAUUCAACCGAAUACACUUUGAACCGUUUAUCUGGUAAUAAAGAGAAGCUAUCCUUAUACAAGGAUCAUGUUCAAUCUUAUAUGAAGAAGGUUCAAGAUAUGCAGAUUGUUGCUCCUCCCGCUAGUUCUAGGGAUAGAUUUGCCGAGAUAACUGGUCAAUAUAAAAAUGACAUGAACCCAAUAAGAGUCCCUGUAGGUUAUAAAUCCAAAGGUUCUGGUUCUCGGAAGUGCCUGAAAUCUAAACAGGAGAUAGCAAUCGACAAAAAGAAAUCAAAGUCGAAACCCGGGGCCAAAGAAAGACAGUGUCAGAACUGCAAAGCCUAUGGACACUACGCAUCAACAUGCAAACAGGCCGUAAUUAAAAGAAGAUCGACAAGGUCUUCGAGAGCCAGUGAAGAGUAG